AUGUCGCAACAUGCGCUUUGGGUUGCGGCCAUAGUGACACAACUUUUGCCGGGUGCACCUGAACUAACAAAAGUACUGGCAGACGCUGUGAAAGACCAUAUCUCUUUUGAACGUGAACCAAAAAAGGCAGUUACAUUCUGGAAAAACUUAAGCGCAAAAUUGGCUCAAGUGGGCGACGCUGCAUGUUUUCUUCAGUCUAAACUAGAGCCGUUAUUGGCCAACAAUCUUGUAUUGGAUCGUACCAAUGACGGACCUGGCGAAGGCUGUUAUAAGCAUUGCUUUCUCUGCACCGAGAUCGCCGACAAUGAAUUACCUUGGGAUACCACGGCUGCUGACUGGUAA